AUGUGGAAAUCAGAAAAUGAUGGAACAACAACAGCAACAACAACAACAGCAACAAACAAUAACUAUGAUCAUAUCCUCGAUAUUCUACACAACCACUAUCGUCAUCACGACGCAAAUCCAGGAGACGGUGGUUCUAGCGUGGUCAUGCCUUGUGCAUCAGACCUCGAAUAUGCAGGAGCCAUGUUUAAAGAGGGUAACAAGGUCGAGUUUUGUAAACCUCAGAGUCCUUUUCAUAGAGCUCAAUUUAAAAUCCCAACUUUGGCCCUUGAUGACUCAGUCGAGCCAUUCUUGAGAAACCUCAUUGCUUAUGAGCAGUGUUGCCCUGGUGUUCCUGGUUACUUCACAUCAUAUGCAAUCCUAAUGGAUACACUCAUAAACACUCCCAAAGACGUUCAAGUGCUUGAAAAGGCUGGAAUCAUACGAAACUAUUUAGGCGCCAGUGAAGAUGCCUCUGAUCUUUUCAACAAUCUCUGCAAAGGAAUUGUUCUCGGGGAGUUCUAUUUCACUGAAACAACCAAAGCUGCAGCUGACUACAGCAAGAGUUGUUGGCAUGAUGCUAUGGCACAUCUGAGACGUAGAUACUUCGCUUCUCCAUGGACAUUCAUAGCUUUCUGUGUUGGCUUUAUCACUUUCGCUAUCUCCGUAGUUAAAUUCGUCCGUGCUAACUUUCGUUGA